AUGGCUACUAAGUUUACGUUAAACGUACAAAGAAAAGAAUGUAUACUGCCCGAUGAGUUAAAUCCUUUCGAGAUAUUGAACAUAAAUGUCAAUGCAUCCCACAUAGAAACUAAAUAUGCUUUUAAAAAGAAAAUAUGUUCACCUGAUAGAUAUCAGAGAUCAAUGUCUGCAUUAGCGUAUGAUAUGAUUUGUUCCCAAGAUCCAACAAAAUACAUUAGAACUGGUAACAAGUUUAUUGUGAAUAAAAAAGAUCAUUUUUUUUAUGUCACUACUGGAAAUUUUAAAUCACUUGUUGAACAAAUUAGAAAACAUAAAUAUUUACUUAAUCAGAGAGAUGAGUUUGGUAGAACUUUACUAUAUUUAGCAGCAAGGAAUGGAUUUUACAAUAUAUGUGAUUUCUUGUUAAAGUCCGGGUGUAACGUGAAUGAAAUUCAAAAAGAUGGCAGCACGGCCUUACAUGCAGCAGCAUUUUAUGGACAUCUAUUAAUAGUUGAGCUCUUGCUUGAAUAUGAAGCAAACCCAGAAAUUAGAAACAACUUUGCAAGUUAUCCUAAAGAUGAGGCUUGUACUACAGAAAUUAAAGCUUGCAUUCAAUCAAAAACUAACGAUAAGAUCAAUGUAUUGCUGAAUAACCUGAUAAAAGGAGAAUUAGCAAAGAAUAUGGUUGUUAUAAAACAUGAUGGUAUGAUUAUUGGUAAAAAGAUUUUGAGAAACUCUAAAUUCUUUUUGGAAUAUUCUAAAUCAUACAUAGCUGAAAACUGGAUGUUGGCUUGGCAUGGGACUAAAUAUAACUCUCUACAAUCGAUUAUGAGGCAUGGAUUACAUGCAGCGGGUACAGUUUUAUCAGCUGAACACAGAAUUAGUACACAAUUAGGUCAUAUUGCUUUAAAUAGAAAAGUUGGAGAAUACCAAAAUUGGGCGAAUGCAAUAUUCGUUUCACCAAGUAUAUUUUAUGCGGCUGAUGUAACUUAUUCAGAAAGAAUAUUUUCUGAUCAUAAACGAUGGUGUAUAUUAGUCGAAACAAGAGUAAAACCAAACUCAUUCAGCAAGCAUCAUCAGACUCUAUUGAAUCAAAGAGAGUUACUACCUGGGGAACCAAAAGACCUAGAAUAUAGAGUAGCCGUGAAAGAAAAUGAAGAUUUUAUUAUGAGGGUAGAGUCAGAUAGAAAUAUCAUAGUCACUGCUUUGGUUUUCGUAAAUCUAACGUUUUUGGAGAAUAUAGAUGAAUAUUAUCAAGGAAAGGAUUUAUUUGCGAAUUCGGAAGCUGAAAGAGCUCUUUUUCAGUAA